AACGAUUCUGCAAGUGUGGUGUAUAGAGCUGUAAGUCAAGCUAUAAAAGAUAGCAUAGAUGUUGUUCUGAUUGACUGAUAGAGCAGGCAGUCUUCAAAGUAAUGUUAAUGUUAUGGAGGACUUAUCAAAGAUAUAUAGAACGACGAUGGCAUUGCUCCUAAUGAUGUUAUUUUGGUUCUUGAUGCGAAUACCGCUCAAAAUGCUUAUAGCUAAUUAGAGGCAUUUAAUAAAAUGGUUAGUUAGUGUUACAGGAUUAAUUAUUAUAACAAAGCUAGAUGGUACUGCUAAGGGAGGAGUAGUGAUUGGACUUGCAGAAACUUAUAAAGUUACGCUAUAGGAAUUGGUGAGAGUAUAAAGGACUUGAGAGAGUUCACUAAU